AUGUGCUGUGGCUGGAGUCCAUUCUACGCCGAAGACACCCAGCAGAUGUACAAGAACAUUGCGUUCGGUAAAGUUCGAUUCCCUCGUGACGCGCUCAGCACAGAAGGUCGCAACUUUGUCAAGGGCUUGCUGAACCGAAACCCCAAGCACCGACUGGGAGCCAACGGCGAUGCGAAGGAGCUCAUGGAGCAUCCCUUCUUCUCCGACAUCAACUGGGACACCCUCUGCCGCAAGCAAGUCAUCCCCCCGUUCAAGCCUCAGCUGCAAUCCGACACCGACACUUCGAACUUCGAUCCGGAGUUCACCAAUGCCCUGGAGAUGAACAACUCCCUCAACCUCCGCGCUGCGGCUCUGGCCAAUGGCCUCAUGCCUGCAUCCACCCCCUUGUCCCCGGGUAUGCAAGCCAACUUCAAGGGCUUCACCUUUGUGAACGAGAGCUCCAUCGAUCACCAUCUCAUGGAUGACAGUGACCACAUGGAGGAGGAUGGCAUGCACGACCACGAGUGGCAACGAGGCCAUCGCUCCGGCAACUCCGUCGACCAGCGCAUGGCUGGUUCCCACAAGGCGCACGACGGCACCGAAUCCGGGAUUUUCAACGUUGACGAUACUUUUGACAUGUGA